CGGAACCCCAUGAUGGUCACCUUGAGUGGAGGACGAUGCGGCAUGACAAACAAGAGGGUCAACGGCCGCCAGUACUUGAAAGCUAGGCAAAGCUGAGCAGCAACGCAGUGCUCAUAUUACAAAAGAGCCUGCUCUCAUGGGCUUCGAUCAUGUGAAACGGCUCAAGCCCCAGCUUGUCAGUGGAGGUGUCGUCGCAGGUUCACCGUUGAUGUCAUUGCUUGAAGCAAAGCGGUGUCAUGUGGGUACUACUAUGAAUGGAAUUUCACAAUUUUUCGUGAGAUUCUCCAUUCCUGCCACACAUCGAUCUCAAGACAAGCUGGCGGUCUUGUGCUCAAAAUGGACGGAAUUGGUUCGAUCUCGGGGCCGGCCAUCGCCGAGACACCGAAGAAAAGUGAAAUUUUUCCAGAAGCGGGCGAAGCGUCGGCAGCCGAAAGCUUUAUAGAUAUCGGAGGCGGAUACGGCUCGGAGGACGAACCCCCGCGACGGAACUCCCGACGGAACAAUCCGCAGUUCACCAACGCUCAUAUUCGCGUCUACGAAUAUGAGCUGCGCGGCGGCUCGUACCAGAAGAGCAUCAAGUACCCGCGGCACAACGACUACCCGGGCAAGGGUGCGCCCGAGAAGAAGGCGCCCGAGGAGCUGGCCCCGGAGCAGCGGAUCAACAUCUUCGCCCUGCGACUGGCGUUCCUCGAGAAGCUGGCCAGCUCGCUGGGCGCGCUGGCGUUCCUGUGGGCCACAGGGGUGCUCCUCGGAGGCUUCGCGACGUCCUUGAACGAGACGGACUUCAGCGUCUUGACGGUGAUCAUCCUGGCCGAGAGCUCCAGGAUCUUCAGCCGCAGUCACGAGCUCGAGUUGUACCAGUUCUCCGUCAAGAAGGCCGAGAGCAAGACCCUGAUGGACCUCGUCCGCGCCGCGUCGACGUCGACCGUCGUGACGGCCGUCCUCACGCGCCUCCGCGACCUUCUCCCGCCCGCAGCUGGAGUUGGCCACGCGCUCUAUCGGAUCGACCACGUGACCAGACACCGGAACCGAAGUACCCCCUCCGUCGUGGUCGCCACCACCGUCCUCCUGUUCACGGGCAGAAUCAAAGACCGCGCGUUCACGGGCAAAAUCAAAGACCGUGCGAGGACGGUGGAUCCAACAUCCGUGCAGAUCGUGCCGUGGACGCAUCACACGAAGCUGAUCAGUCGCCUGCUGUACGUGGUGCAGCUGAUCUCUGCGAUCGGGGCCAUCGGGAUGGCGAGCUGGCGGCUGCGAAUCCACCAUUACUUUUACAACCCCGGCAAUUCGCAGCCCAUGCCUCCGAACCUCACCUUGUCCAUGACCAUGUUCUACGUGCUUGCCGUGGCGCAAGCGAGCCUGUUUCUGGUGGAGAGGUUCUUGUGGGAGUAUCAGAUGCGAGUGGCGAAAAUUCUGAAUAAUGUGAACUCCGAGGCCGGACUGGGCGAUGAGAAUCUCCAGACGGUGAAGAUGUUUUUCUACCAAGUGUACUCGAGGUGCCUCAAGGGAAGUGUUUUCGAUGGCCUGCAUAUGGAUUUGGUUUCCUUCAGCUUCGGGUGGCUCCAGGAGGAAGACUACCAGCAGCAGCUGGCCGCCGCUCGGCUUCUGAAACUGAUCGUGAACGUGGAUCCUUUGGCUGCCGACCCUCGGGCUGCCGACUGCCUGCGCCGGAUGGGCAACACGCCUGGAGUCAUCGAGCGCCUGGUCGAAAUGCUCUCCUGGAAUACCAAGAACGAGUCCGCUCUGCUCUGUGAGGUGGCUGUCAUCGUGUCUCGCUUGGCGAAAUUCAGCCGAAACUGCUGCAGAAUUGCGGUCAUUCCCGGCGCGAUCGACGCGAUAGUCUCCCUUCUCAUCCCCCACGGCGGUUCGAGUACUGAUGAGGCUCAGCUUAGCCUUCGCCUCUACGGACUACAAAUUCUCAAGCUGCUGUGCCGGUUGUCCCAGGACAACCGGAUCGCCGUCGGCGAGUCUCGACAUCUUCUGGCCAUUCUGGUGCUGUUCUUAGAAAUCCGGCAGGGAAAGACGCCCUCUGAGAAAGGAACAAAUCCGGAAGAGAAAGACGACCUUAAGGCCGUCUUUCAAAACCUUACAAAAGUUCACUUCAAAUAUUACAAAAAGUCAUUGCAGAUUCUGGAAUCGUUGGCCUCUGCCACCGACGUUCCGGGCAGUAGUCUCCGAGUGAAGAUAUCGCGUGUCGUUUCGGGCUUGAAAAACUUGAGGGACAUCAUCCACUACGGUGAUGGCCAACCAGUGCUGCAGCACCUCAGCAUGAGAAUUCUCUACCAUCUGGCUUUGGAAGAGAAAGUGCGCGUGAUCAUGGGUGCUACCGGUGGCAUCAUGAGCCAACUGUUUGGUCUGUUCUCUGGCGAUAUUGAAUCCCUGGAGACCGACGACCUCGAGAAUAACGUCAAAUUGCGACAAGAGGCAUCGAUCAUGGCAGGCAGAGCCAUCAACCGGAUCAUUCUUCAGAACAAGAAAAACAGCCUGAAAUUGACUACCCUGCUCGGAGCGAACGGUGACAGUUUUUUCACCUGCACUAUCAGAUUCAUUUCAAAGUCUGUGGAGUCUACAAAAAUGGACUCGCAUAUACGAGAGAUGGCGACCUGCAGUGCUCGAAUUCUACGCACUGUUCUGGAAUUCGUUGACGACUCUGUGAGGACAAACGUGGCCGAAAAGUGUGCUCGCAAUGUGAUGCAGCACAUUAUUCGGAAGCCAUACGAGAGCAGAUCCGAAUUAUACGAAUCAUAUCUAGGCUUGGCUUCGCUCCUGCUCCGAGGUCUUCAACAGGACACGUACGAUCCAGUUGUAAGGAGACUGCUGCACGAGACCAAGUUUAUGGAGCAAGCACUUCACAAUCUGAAGCAUAUUCCCGACAGAAAAGAGUUCUCGAGAAUUCGGAGGUACACCCUCGAGCUACUGAUUGCUAUACUCGAUAAGGACACACCUCAUUUAUCGUUCUACGGUGUUUUGGUGGAAAAGAGAAUCUCUGGAUCGCGUCUCGAAGAUUUGCUUCAACACGCCCUCGCCUCCUUUCCCGAAGUAGAAAACUUUUGCUUGUUCUCCGGCUUGUGCGGCUAUGCUCGAGACAACGUAGAGAUGGAAGACCUUGUUACUCAAGCGAUCCAGAAAUUGAAGACCUACGAAGCCUCCAGGCGUGGAUCUUAGUACACGAAGACCACCAUGUGAUAAUACUUGACUCUCGCUUUGAUAAACAGUGCCAAGAAUGCUCACUCCAUCCUCUGUUUACUCUUUAGCACUGGACUGAAGAUAGUACAUGCUAAAGCUUCAGCAGACGGCCUUGACUAGUACUGAUAGCCCUCGAGUCAUGAUCACACACGCAUGAACGCAUAUUUGAAAUACACAGUGGAGAAUGAUUGAUCCAACAUUCACAACUGGUGCGGGCAAGUCUGGCAACUCAGUUCAGAAUCUCGGCUUUAAACCAGAUUCGUGAUCGAUAUCAUCUGUAUAGGGAGCACCCAUAGUUCCCACUGUGUCAAGUUCAGGCACUAGGGAGGCUUGAGAGAAAUUGUAACACUUGAAGUAUUUGUUGAAGACUCUUCUAAAUUCAGGAGGAUAGGCAAGGCUGCAUCUGUUGGAGAGUUAAGUUGUACAUGUAAUGUACAGGUGAAAAGUGAGACCCAUGGAAUAAAAACUAUCAAAAGAAACAAAAGACGACGAAGGCGAGAACUACAAGCCAAUUCUCUAACUGCAACUAAGUCUCUCCCCUUCAUGCAAAUCGUGAGGACAAUUUCGUGUGCCGCAGUAGUAGAGGAUCAGGAGCCUGUUUGUGUUGUCGUUGAAGUCGACCCUAAUACGUCUCACGCAUUCUCUCCUGUACUAAGAAGAAAACCAUACAUUGCAGCUUCCUUGUAAUAUCAAGGGUUUGAAAUUAA